UUUUUUCGCUGACCAUUUAAAAAUACCAUAGAAUCGAUUGUAAUUUGAAAUAUUGUGGAAAAACGAAGGUAAAUUUGGAGCCCCAACGCCGAGAGUAUAAAGUGUGUUUCUUAACAAAACAUGGGUGAAUCAGUGAAUGAAUUUAAGCUUGAACAGCCUCCAGAAGAUGGGAUCUCAGCUGUCAAGUUUGGACCCAAGUCCUCUCAAUUCUUACUGGUGUCCUCCUGGGAUGAGACAGUGAGGCUCUAUGAUGUCCAAGCCAACCAACUCAGGGCAAAGUACAAGCAUGACAGGCCUGUACUCGAUUGCUGCUUUUGUGAUCAAACACAUGUAUACAGUGGUGGAUUAGACAAUAUGCUAAAGCUGUAUGAUAUCAACACAAGCACAGAGAAUGUACUUGGAAACCAUGAGGAUGCUGUGAAGUGUGUUGAGUUCUGUACAGAUGUCAAUGUGGUUGUAACAGGUAGCUGGGAUCAGACUGUCAAGCUAUGGGAUCCUAGGAUAGGCAGAUCAACGGGAUCAUUCUCACAACCAGACAAGGUCUACACAAUGGCUGUAACGGGCGACCGGCUAGUAGUGGGUACCGCAGGCCGCAAGGUUCUCGUCUGGGAUCUCCGCAACAUGGGCUAUGUCCAGCAGAGGAGAGAGUCUAGUCUCAAGUACCAGACCCGAUGCAUACGAGCCUUCCCUAAUGGUCAAGGCUAUGUAUUGAGCAGCAUUGAGGGUAGGGUCGCUGUGGAGUACCUUGACCCAAGUCCAGAUGUCCAGAAGAAGAAAUAUGCUUUCAAGUGUCAUAGAUUAAAGGUGGAUGGGGUGGAGCAGAUCUACCCAGUCAAUGCAAUCGCUUUCCACAACCGACACAACACAUUUGCAACAGGAGGCUGUGAUGGUUUUGUUAACAUCUGGGAUGGUUUCAACAAGAAACGUCUGUGUCAGUUCCAUUGUUAUCCUACAAGUAUCAGCUCUCUGGCAUUCAGUAAUGAUGGUUCAGUGCUUGCUAUAGCAUCAUCGUAUACAUAUGAGGAAGGGGAUAUCGAUCAUCCUGAAGAUUCGGUCUUCAUCAGGAAAGUAUCUGACCAAGAAACUAAACCAAAGAGUUGAAAGGGCACAUCUGCCUUAGAUUGUAACAGAUCACUGUAUUAUUUGGUGGAAUGACCAUCCUUGUAAGUCACACCGCUUCUUUCUAAUGUUAAACCAUUACCUAUUGAAACAAGCUGAUCCAGGUUCGAAGCCAUUGGGAAUCUCAGAAUUCAGUAUUCAGUGGGUUAAAUUAGAAUAUGUGUAUUGUCUGCUUUACAUCGGUCAAAUCAAAUAUGGAGUUCUUAAUAGUCUGUGAGUUUCACAAAGAAAGGUAUUAGAGACUACCAAAAUUGUUGCAUCAGAUUGACUAAUAGCUUAUUUGUCACU